AUGUUUCGUCCUGUGAUAUUUUGUGGCUUGAUUGUUCGAUAUGUUUCUUCCUUGGUGCCUCAGCCAAUAGAUCAACAUCGAAGAAGCCUAUUCGAGAGUCCUAUCCAGGCGCUUCAGCUCUCUUGCGUCUUGGGUCUCCCCUCGUCUGUGUCGGCUCUGGAUCCCAACAGCAGUGGUCCUUCGAGCAGUGAUGACCUACAGGUAUUAUUCUGGUCAGGUCCAACUUGGAACGAAAGUCGAUAUCGCGCGUCGACCUUGUCUGGGUACGACCAAAACAAAAAUGCUCCUGUUCCAUUCGACUCGGCCAAAAUCACUUACCCUGGUUGGAUGAAAGGUUACUGGUCUGUGAAAUACAAGUUUGCAGGUGCCGAUUUUCCGCAAGGCAAAAAAAUCCUGUCUCUACGAACAGCAGGUGCUGGUCUGGGAACCUGUCUUGUACUUCCAAAUGUUGGAUACAAUCCACCAGCAGCCCAUGCCUUACGAUUCCUAUCCAAUGAGAACAGUGAUGAGAAUGAUGGAUUUGUACAUGGCGAUUUGGCAUAUAAUCUCCCCAGAAGACUUGAGAGCUUUUGGCCUGAAUCGAAAGUGUUGUCGGUCCAAACGAAUGGUAGCAGCGACAGUCGGAUGACUCCAAAAUGCUUUGUCACUGGAGAUGGAUGUGCAGUCCAAGAUAAUCCUAAAUUGCACUGGGUUGCAUCUCGAGCAGUAGUCGACUUUGAGGCCCCAACAAGGAAGAGUGGCCGCCAAGUGCAAUCGUCGGACGUCACAUUGUUAAAUUUUACUUCCCCGUCAUUUGCAGAGGGCAACAGCAACUCGAGAUUUGUUACUGUUCAGACUUAUUCGCAGUUCAAUCCUUCACAGGAAUUGCAAACCUUCUAUCAAGACCACUUGUUGCUGGAACGACUCAAGGGUAGCGAUGGGCAAGAUGUAAUUUCAGGCAGGAUUCGAGUGGCUGCCUUUUUGCCACAUUAUAUUCAACAAUUGGAUGGAGCAGAUUCUUCCUAUCAGGAUACCAAAGCUGUCGCGGUCUAUGAUUACAAAAUUUUCAUGAAGAGAAUUGAUGAAAAUGAAGCGAUGAGCAUGUGA